GCGCUCCUCCUACUGCAGGCCUGCCCCACGCUCGCACACACAGCUAGUAAAACACGAAAACAGGAAGGAUCCAGCACAGCUCCUUUUCAGUCGUAAACAGUAUAAAGUUGAUGAAGUUUGGAUGUUGACGGAGAAUGUGCGAUGUCCGUUUCACUACAGCACUGAUGUCUUAGAAGCGUCCAUUAUUUCUUUCAGCUCUUCUCAACGCUUUGUGAAGGUCAAUGGUGAUGUCUGUUUUUCUUCAGGUCUGUAAUGUUAAGCAGUAAGAUGAUUGUGCUGUUGGUGUUCAUGUUUGCUUCACCUGCUAUCUGUAUAGAAGAUAAAGGCAGCACUGGUGAUAUUGAGUGUGUGUGCGAGGGGUUCUCAUGCAUUGGUGUCCAGCGCUGUUUUGGCCUGCAGUGUUUCUCCUCCUUGUCUGUUGAGAACGGGACAGCCCUCCAGCAAAAAGGAUGCAUUGUGGGUAGUGAAGAAGUGGCAGUGCGCUGCAAAAAUUCCCAGUCUGUGGACACACUGGUGCACUGUUGCCAGGAAACAUUGUGUAAUAUGAAUGUUACCAUGGAGAUGCCAAGUACAGGAGAGGAGUUAAGGGUGGCCUCAGUAGAGCACGAGUGUGUGUGUGAGGGCCGGUCGUGUGUAACAGGAGACCGCUGUAUGGGUCAGCAGUGUUUCUCCUCUUUGACACUGAGUGAUGGGAUUCCAGUGUCUCAGAAGGGCUGUUUUAAGGUGUAUGAGCAGGGCAGGAUGACUUGCAAAACUCCUCCAUCUCCUGACCAGAUAGUAGAGUGCUGUCAGGCUCAUCUGUGCAACAUGAACCUCACUGUGAGACUUCCUGUUCGAGCAGUAGAGGGCCCCAACUAUAGUGUGACGACGCUGACCAUUGUGAUUGUGGCUCCAGUCAUCGUUCUGAUAUUCCUGUCUGGUGUGGCUGUCCUGAUCUUCCGUUGUAUUCACCAUCACCAGAUGGAGCAUUUGACUGCUCAUGAUGCGGAGUAUGGCACCAUCGAUGGUCUGAUUGCAUCUAACGUGGGAGAGAGCACACUCGCGGAUCUUUUGGAUCAUUCCUGUACAUCUGGAAGUGGCUCUGGACUACCUUUCCUGGUCCAGAGGACAGUAGCCAGACAAAUAACUCUCAGCGAGUGUGUUGGUAAAGGUCGGUAUGGAGAGGUAUGGAGGGGUCAGUGGCAGGGAGAAAGCGUGGCUGUAAAAAUAUUCUCGUCUCGAGAUGAGAAGUCCUGGUUCAGAGAGACCGAAAUCUACAACACCGUCCUACUUCGCCACGAAAACAUUCUGGGCUUUAUUGCGUCUGAUAUGACAUCGCGUAACUCCAGCACUCAGUUGUGGCUAAUCACACAUUUUCAUGAGAUGGGCUCCCUCUACGAUUACCUGCAACUCAGCAUGCUGGAUGCUUCUACCUGUUUGCGGAUGGCACUGUCCAUCGCCAGUGGACUGGCCCAUCUGCACGUGGAGAUCUUUGGCACACAGGGCAAACCAGCCAUCGCUCACAGAGACCUAAAAAGCAAAAAUAUUUUAGUAAACAAAAAUGGCCAGUGCUGCAUUGCAGACCUCGGUCUCGCCGUGAUGCAUUUUCAGGACACAAAUGAGCUGGACGUAGGGAAUAAUCCUAAAGUUGGGACUAAGCGCUACAUGGCCCCUGAGGUUCUGGAUGACUCCAUUCAGACAGAUUGCUUUGAGUCUUACAAACGAGUCGAUAUCUGGGCCUUUGGACUUGUGCUGUGGGAAAUUGCUAGAAGAACAGUUAGUAAUGGUAUUGUUGAAGAUUACAAGCCCCCAUUCCAUGACGUGGUGCCGAGCGACCCAAGCUUUGAGGACAUGAAGAAGGUGAUUUGCAUAGACCAACAGAGACCAAACAUCCCAAACAGAUGGUUCUCAGACCCAACUUUAACAUCAAUCGUUAAACUCAUGAAGGAAUGCUGGUACCAGAACCCAUCAGCCAGACUUACAGCAUUACGCAUCAAAAAGACUUUGACAAAAAUUGAUAAUUCUUUGGACAAAAUAAAAAUGGACAUAUGAACUACUUCCUUAUGGAAGACCUUAAAGGCCUUUUUACCACACCUAGUGGAUGUCUCAUCUGGAGAACAACCCUGGAAAAAGAGAUAAUUUGGGCUAAGUGCUCUUAUAGAGGCACAUCAUAUUUAUUUUAAAUCCAAAGUGGGGCAUAUUUUGGCAUCCAAAGAUGUUGUAGCUGGCAUUUAAAAGAUUGCUGACUGCUUUUCAUAUGGAAGUUAUUUCUUUUAGCAGAUAGGAUCUUUGAAACAUCUCUUUUUAUCACAUUACAGCAGCUGGGCAUUUCAAAAAAACACUUUAAUGUUUAAAGUUUUUUUUUUUUUUUUUUUUUUUUUUUUUUUUUUUUUUUU